GGCGGCGGUGCGUCUGGGGGUUGGCGGCACCUGGAGCGGCUGUACGCGCAGAAGUCGCGCAUCCAGGACGAGUUGAGCCGUGGGGGUGCGAGCGGCGGCGGGGCCCGGGGCGCGGCACUGCCCCCCAAGCCUCCCAACCUGGACGCUGCGCUGGCCCUACUCCGCAAAGAGAUGGUUGGCCUUCGACAGCUGGACAUGUCCUUGCUGUGCCAGCUCUACAGCCUUUACGAGUCCAUUCAGGAGUACAAGGGAGCAUGCCAGGCAGCAUCCAGCCCCGACUGCUCUUCUGCUCUGGAGAACGGCUUCUUUGAUGAGGAGGAGGAGUACUUCCUGCAGCAGAAUGCCCUGCCUGACGUGCGGGAACUGGGCCCCCCACGGGACCUGUCACUGUCCAUCUCCCCCCUCUCCAGCAGUGAUUGGAUCCUGGAGUCCAUCUAGAGGGUCUCAGGAGAGAGGCACUAUAGGGCACGCCCUGAGAACAGACACACUGUGGACAUUAGCUUUUCCUCUUGUGAGAAAACGCCUCUGCCUUCCUCAGUGGGCCAUUCUCAGCCAAGUGGUACCAGUGCCACUCUGGUUUAGUUUGUAGGAGAUCUAGCUCAUGGCAUUCUCUCUAAAUGACCGCUGGUUCUGCCGGAGUGAUCCCGAGGUGCUCAGUGAUGUCCUUGACACUAAUCCUGGAGCACGCCAAUCCUGAAUUUGCCAUGAAAGCGUAACAAGAAGAUCCCCGAAGAGACCUUGGCAGGGAUUUCAUGCUAGACUCUUUGUGGUCACUGCCUUGCAGCUCGUGGUAGAUGAUUUGCGCGCUCUUUGCAGAAUGUGCAACGAGAACAUUUCAUUGCCUGCCCUUCCUCAAUGUGUUUGUUCCGCAGCCAUUCUUGCUGUUUCCUGAGCGUUUCCAGCCUCUUGGUUGAGCUUUAUUUAUUUGUCAGCUGCAUUACUAGCUGUCCAGGUGGCUCAGUGAAAGCUUUUUACUGAGAAAACAUUUCACGUCACACCAAUCAGCUGCUUUCUAUUAAUCUCGCAAAAGAAAUUUAUAAUGUUCUUUGUCCAUCAGGAAGAGAAAAGAUAAUACGAAGAUGUGUUGAGUAGCAGAGAGUACAGCUGGCACAAGCUAAUGUUUUGUAUCAUUCACUGUGCGAUUGCAAGCAUUUUUGUUUUUAAAGAUUCUGAAUGUAAACCAGUGUUAAAAACUACCCCCACCCUUCACUCAAAAUAGUGAUCACCUUAAGCCUUAUAUAUUUAUUAAAAUACUUUGUGAACACUUUACACUGUGCAGGCUUAAAAUGAGGAUAAAAUACUAAACUCAGUAGUUGUAUAAUACUUUGAAUUCAGCAUCUUCAGCUUUUAUAACUUUAUGUACUGAAUCUAAUCAAACACUGAAACAAAAUUUGCUGCCACUAUGCAUUUGAAAGCAGCUUUAUUCCUGCUGGCUUACACUUGGGGUUUUCUGAGCCACAGUAGACCAACUUUCAGGGUGCUUGGUGCUGUUGGCUCUGAUGCUCUAAGCCCCGCUCCCCUUUCUUGUGCUGUGACAGUUCCAUAUUAGUGCCUCUUUUGGGACAGCAAGAGGAAGUAAAAUUGAUCAUUAUGAGCCAGCAUGUGGACAACCUAUUAUGUACACAAUCCUGUUUCAGGAACUGGGGUGAAGUACAGAGAAGGAAGAGCUUUUCCGGCAUAUAUCCUGUGUUGAAUGUGGUAAAGUGAGGAGUGGCAAUAAAUUGCCUUCAACAUAGGACAUAACUGUUAAGUGGGAGCAAAAACACUGCAGAGGGGGCAAGAAAAUUGCAAGUGAUAAAAGCAGGUGACAUCUGUGAAGAUGUCUGUGAGGCUGGGCCCCUAUAACAUGAUGAGUGAGGUUUACAGGUUUGUUGUUUUCAGCUGUGAGCAUGUUAGAGUUGCUUGGGGAGAUUCUAGAAAAUUGCUGAGCCUAGCUCAGUCUUCACCUUCCACCCUCCUGAUUUAAUUUGUAAGAAAUGAGGCCUGGGCAUCUCCAUAUGACUCUAGGAAUCCUCCAGAUUAUCCUAAUACAGAUGUAGUUUGUAGCUAGUGUUCAAAAUGUCGUCAUGGAGUGGGCAUCACCAAAAACAUGUUAGAGACACAAAAUCAAAUACCCAGCUUACAUCAGGCCCUGCCUCUUCACAAGACACCCCCAAUGGUUCCAUUGUUCGGUGGUUGGGAAAUGCAGCUUAGUGUCACCAGCACCACUAAACAAGAGUCUGCUGUCCCAGGGCCCAGCCAAGGAUGGGGAGACCAGGCCUCAUAGGAUGGGCCUGCCAUGACCAGGGAGGGAUGCUUGCAGGUCCGGGGCUGACUGGGGGUGCCCUCUAGUUAAGAUUUCCUGCUUUUCCUGGGUCUGCUGCCCCUGGGCUCUUCUGGAACUUAGUGGUUCACCAUGCCUUGAGUUUUGGUGUUUUGUCAUUGCAGGAUCAUCUGUCAGAGUUAGAAGUGGAAUGAACCACGGCAAAGUGAGGGGUUUCCCUUACUGCUGGGAAGGGUUAGCACAUUCCUCACUCCUGCAGUGAAGUGGCAUAUAUACAUAAACCAUUGCAGUUUUUAAUAAUCUAUCUGAAAUAUACUUUAUCUCAAACAUUCUUUUGCUUUAAACAUAGUGUACUGUUGUAGAUAUGGCUUGACAAAGAAUAUUAAAAUUUAGUGAACCAUAAAAUGUUUUCUAAUAUAUCUUCCUUAUGAAGGUUCCACAGAUGAUUAGAAAAUAAAUUCACCUCUGUCCUUUAUUGCUACCUGGCAUAACUCAUUACCAUUGAGUUUGGAGUGGGUCUGUCUCGCUAUUCAGUGACCUCCUGAGUAUCCAGUGGGUGGUCAGGAUGUCCAGCAUUAGCUGAUGAAAGUUAAAGACUGAUCUUCUGUGUGGCCAGCCAUGCACCAGGGAACAACCUUCCUGUGUCUUUCUCAGCUGAUGUGUGGUGAACCCAGAAUUGUUGAUCAUUAAAUCUUCCUGUUCACAAAUGAUAGAUUUCUUCUGUCUCCAGUGGAACUUACAGUCAAUGGCCUGCGGUGAUGUCUUUCACUUGACAUUUAUUUAGUACUUUUCUGGGUCACUUUGAGCUGGGCAUAGAUGAGUAAUGGAAGAGCCUCUGGCAGAUGCGGCAGAGAGGAAGGAUUAAGACUGAGGACGUGAGACUGAGUCCUGGGAGGGAAUUCAACAAGUACUUGAGGAUGUUGAUGGAGAGACCAUCUGAGCUAGCUCUGAAGGGUAGGCCAGUUAACUUUAAGGAGAGAGUGAAAAGGCAGAUGGAGUGACCAAGUCCUCAGAAACAUGUACUGUGAGUGUAGUAUGCUUUCUGUAAUUAAAACUGGCUACGUGAUUUGCUGGAGGUCAAGGCUGAAGAGCAGCAGAGUUGCAGUUCUCCGAUGCCACGUUGGUCCUCUGCCUAGGGAACAAGGGAUGAGGUGAACCCUUGGGAUUACCUGAUACAGCCCCUUAACCUUACAUUGCUGUGCUUUAUGAAUUAGUGCCUCAUUGUGUAGCAUUUCCUAUUGGCUCUUGUUCUGACUUUUUACAGGUAUCACUUCUUUCCGAGCCUGUGAUUAUAAACAUGCGAAGUCCGGGGUUGGGGUAGAAAGACUUCAGAGCAGCCAUCAUCUCUUCACUGUGGUCAAUUCAACUUCAUUUUCCUGCCCAGAGAAAACUUGCUGACUAUAAAAGCCCAAACCUGUCCAGUCUUUUCUUUAUGGGAGGUUUUACUUGGAGUUCAGAGAGAUGGAUGUGAGUUUAUUGUCUAUGGAGGUGUUCGAGUUUGUGUCACAAACGCAUGUGUCACUGAAGGUGAAUCAGUGUUUCUUGGGUGAAAAUGCUGCGGAAGCAUGUGGGUGUUCCAACCACUGAGCAUGGCCUUUGGAGAAGUGUCAGUUGCCUGCUCAAUGGGAUUGUUCUCACCCACUGAAAUAGGCUACUACCUUUCCACCUCACUUCUCUGGCUGCCGGUCAACUGAGGACAGGUCUCUAGACACUGCUUCCCUUGCUUAGUAUUCACAGAAUAUUGAGCAACUACUAUAAACUACAUGGAAAAAGCAUUAUCAGCAAGAUGAAAGUGUGAAAUAAAGAUAAAGAAGAGCUACGGUUCUAGAGAGGAGAGGCUAAGGGCAAAUGCCAACUAGAGAAUUCAGUUUUGCUGACCUUAAGCAGAAGUUCCAAGUUCUAAGAUGCCCUCUCUCCGCUUCCCAUUCCACCUCUAGGAC